UCGGCCAAUCAGCUCCGGAGUUCUACAAGAGCCCACCUGUCACAAAAGAUACCUGGACACAAAUCCUCACACACAAAUCUAAAACAUCAUUCUCCAAGGGAUGCCUGUGCUUAACAAGAAUUAGAGGAACAACAGAAUUUGGAGAAGAGCCAUUUACAGAACUUUGAGGAAAAAUGUCUAAUGAACUAGAUUACAGGCCAGUCAUGCUUCUCCAGAAUGACAAUUUCCAGAAGUAUUCUUACUCCACUGAUGAAGAGGCAUGGUCCAAAUAUGUGGAUAACCCUAUGACAGCAGCUACCAAAGCUAUGAUGAGAGCAAAUGGGGACGACGAUGGUGUUGCUGCAUUGAGCUUUCUCUAUGAUUACUACAGGGUCCCAAGAGAAAAAAGAAUAAUUCCACCAGGAUCAACAGAUCGUUGUGAACAAGCGAAAAGACAUUGCAGUGAGUACGACUCGGACAUUUCAUCUUUCGAAAGCUCAACUCAUCUAAUGAAAUUUCUAAAUGAUAACUCCUCCUCCUCCACACAAGACUAUGCAGAUUCACAUAAAAAGAACAGCUACUUAACAUUGGACUGUCUGAUAAAUCCCAAUAAACUGAAUUUGCCAGCAAAUACCAACAAAUUAACCACUGAUACACAUGAGGAUUUUAUGACCUCAUCAUGUGAUGUGUAUGAGAAGAAUUCAUUGAACAACCUCUUUGAACCAUUACACGUAGCCCAACCACAACAACGUUGGCAACCAGACAGCACAUUUAAAGAAGAUAACCCAGAGCCUCUCAUAUUCAAUGAUAUUCUUAGAGGCCAGGCAGAAUCCACCUGCUCUGCAGAAUACCUGCCUGCUGAAGCCAAUCGCGACUUUGAAUACACACUGGAAUCCCCUAAAGCUAUUCACGUUAAGUCUGGUGAUUCUCCAAUGGCAUAUCUCAACAAAGGUCAAUUUUAUCCAGUAAACCUUCGAACAGCAGACAGCAGGAAAUGUUUGCAACUGUCUUCUAAUAAAGUUAAGAGUGUUGUUAUGGUGGUCUUUGAUAAUGAGAAGAAUCCCGAAGAACAAUUAAAACGCUGGAAACACUGGCAUUCCAGACAGCCAACUGCAAAGCAAAGAGUUAUUGAUGUUGCUGACUACAAAGAAAACUGCAACACUGUUGAGAGCAUUGAAGAAGUUGCCUAUAAUGCUUUGUCAUUUGUAUGGAGCGUCAAUGAGGAGGCCAAGAUCUUCAUUAGUAUUAACUGCCUGAGCACAGAUUUCUCAUCUCAGAAGGGAGUGAAGGGUGUGCCUCUAAAUCUCCAGAUUGACACUUAUGACUAUGACACUGGGGUGAAGAGACUCAUUCAUCGGGCUGUCUGCCAGAUCAAAAUAUUCUGUGACAAGGGUGCUGAGCGCAAGAUGCGGGAUGAAGAACGCAAGCAGUUUAGAAGGAAAGGAAAGGGGCCAGAUGCCAGCAAAGAUAUAAAAGCAUCUGUACUCCCAGGAUACAGAGGAACAGACAUCACAUACCUGAAGCCGUUGAUAGAUAUGGAAACUCAGCCAGUGUUGUUCAUCCCUAACAUUCACUUUUCCAAUCUUCAAAGAUGCGGCAUGGUACUUCCUGCUGUUACAGAUAAUGACAGGCUAGCACUAAAAAGAAGUUGUCCGUCCUUCACAGACACAUUUGACGUGCCUCCAUCUAAGCAACAGUCUACUGAAGACUCCAAAAGAGUAUUAUUAUAUGUGCGAAGACAAACAGAAGAAGUUUUUGAUGCACUGAUGCUGAAAACUCCAGAUCUUGUUGGAUUAAAGAAAGCUAUCUCGGAAAAAUAUGGUUUAUUAGAAGAAAGCAUAUCCAGAGUCUACAAAAAAUGCAAGAGAGGGAUUCUGGUCAAUAUGGACAACAAUAUUAUUCAACAUUACAGCAACCACAUGGCUUUCCUUCUGGACCUCACAGAUCUAGAUGGCAUUAUACAAGUUACACUAAAAGAAUUAUAACAUUCCUUCUGGAUGAACACAAAAGACUCAUUAGACUAAGGGAUGAGACCCUUAGUAUGACAGACCUCAGAACACUGCUCAAUGCUUGCACUUGUCCCAGGUCAGCAGAGCAUCAUAUCAUCAAGUAUUGUGAAGACUAUGCUUCUUGGAAAAACUGAUAUAGAACUUCUGCGUCACAGGAGAACAGCACAUCAGAGACUCUUUACAAUGUGGAUUUAUUUUUAUGGUAUCCAUAACUGGAGAAUUUAAAGCUUGUGAGGAUGAGUGGCUUGAAUAUUGCCUGUAUGCACAGUCACCAAGGAUGUUAUGGACAUAGAGCUGAUAUUGCAUGGAUGACCUUGCUCUUAGAUAUCUGCCAAGGGCAA